GCCUGGGACACACCACACAAACACACGCAUACACACAUACACACACACAAACACAGGAGAAACCACAUAUACAAGUCAGUGAGAGGAGCGAGGAACAAGGGAAGAAAGAGACGGAGACAUUCAACACAAAGAGAGAAGAGACGGAGAGAGAGGAUGGCUGGCAAACUGACGAUGACGGAUCUGUUGAAAGCAGAGGACAUCAAGAAAACUCUUGAAUUCUUUGCAGGAGAAGCCUUCGACCCCAAAAAGUUCUUCGAUUUGGUGGGAAUGACGGCAAUGUCAGCUGAAAGCGUCAAGAAGGUCUUCCAGGUUCUGGAUGUGGAUGAUAGUGGCUUCAUAGAGGAGGAGGAGCUGAAGUAUGUACUGCAGGGCUUUUCCAAGGAGGGCAGAGAACUGACUGACGCCGAGACAAAAGCAUUCCUCAUAGCCGCAGACAAAGAUGGAGACGGCAAGAUCGGCAUUGAUGAGUUCGAGACCUUGGUGCAUGAGUAGGGGACAGAUGAACACCCCACUUUUCUUUCUCCUCCUCCUUGUUCCUGCAUUCAUAUUUUGUAACUGCCACCUUCAAACUCCUCUCACCUUCCUCUGGACCCUGAAACAUGGAGUCAGACGAGGCCUGCUCUCUACAAAACACAACAGAAGCAGGCCAACAGGGAGUUACCAUGAAGAGGCGUAAAACAGGCACCAGUUUCAUUUUUUUUAUAUAUUUAAUCACACAUGCUGUAUGGAUUUCAGAAUCAUUUGAAUGACUUCAUGAAGAUUGUUUGUGGUCUCAACACAGGUGGUGCUAGUGCUGUAGGUGUAGAUGUUAUAAAGACUUCUUGAUUCUUAAUUUCCUUACUUUGUGUAUUUCAGGUUGUGCAUUUUUUGUCUGAUUGGUUUUACUUCUAGAUGUUCACAUAUCAGUGCACUUUCCUCCCACUCCUCUUCCUCAUCCACCUUCCCUCACCUCACCUCUCCUCACCUCACCUCAUCUCCGACCCCCUUUCUUCUCCUCCUCCUCACAACCUGCCCCCCUCCCCCCGAUCAGAUGAUGUAGUAAAUAAAAAGACAUAUAUAAGGAGAGCUGUGAAGAGAGUAAGACAUGAUAAUUAAAAAAUAACCUUGAAUAAUA